AUGGUGCCGGAGCAUAGCACAAUUUUGAAUGCCAAUGAUUCGUGUUUGAUGAUUUAUUCGUUUGGGUUCUUGCCUCUCACCAGCCGCUACCCAGCGCCCCAUCGACACAGCCCAAAGGCUCCGCCAAUGGCUUGUUCAACUGGGCAGUGGCUGGAGGCCAAGCCUUUGCCGCACUUUGGCGGCUCUUUACCAAGCAGGGCAGCGCGGCAGGCGAGAUCCCCGCGCUUUUGGCACAGUGCGGUGCUCCCAGGCAGCGCAGUGCUUUUGGCACAGCAGUCCGGACCUCAAGUGCGUCGACGCUGCGCUGUGGAGCAGCGGAUGAGGUCACUAACGCAAGCUAAAGUCACGCAUGCACAACACCUUGCUGAAGGUGAGCGGCAAGAUGAUGUUCAAUCGACUGGUCUCGGAAAGAUAUGGGCUGUCCGCCACAGGACUUUGAGCGUUCUCCAAGAUGCCGUGGAGACUCACGGUGAUCAUCAAGAUUGGCUGAAUGACUUCGAUUGGACAAGGCCCACUUGGGAAAACUACACGGGCUCUUAUACGUACCACCCGCGCCCAAGUGAUGUUGAUCGAAGCCAUUUGGACCUUGACUACCAUGGCAUCUACACGGAGAGCCGGUGCGACAUGCAGGAUGCAAUGGUCUCCAACAUGCUGAAGGAGGCUAUGGCAAGGCGAGAGAUCUUCACAUCCACCCAUGAGGAGUUUCAGCAUCCAUUGCCUUGUGCAGUUUUCACUGCAGGAGCCCUGGGUUCUGGCAAAUCCUUCACUGUUGGUUGGCUUGCUGACCAGGGCUUGAUGCCUGCUUUGGCAAGCAGCGUCUAUAUCAACCCAGACACCAUUGCAAGAGCUCUGCCAGAAUGGCAUGAGUACCUCCGUCAUCAUAAAAUCAAUGGCCAUGAGAUGUGCCUGAAAGAAGCUGGUUUGAUUGCGGAGGUGGCGCUCUGGGCUGCAUUGAGGCAUGGCCUAUCAGUGUGCUUUGACUCCUCUCUUCGUGAUGGAGAAUGGCAUCGGCAGCUCUUCCAGAGGAUUUGCCGAGAGCAUCCGCAGUACAGGUUGACCUUGCUUCAUGUCGAUGUUGACUCAGAGGCUCUGAACAUGACGUGGAGAGGGAAUCAGAGGGCAAGCUUGCGUUGUCUGAUGGUUACUGAUGGUUGCAGUAUGCUACAUGCAUUGGAACUGUAUGACUUUUGUCAUGCCUGA